CUUUAUUAUAAUGUAUCACAUAAAAUCGUUUCACCAAUGCUUCACAAUGUGGUGGAUGUUUGACUUUAAAAGAUCUGAGAUGCACCUGAACAAUCAAAUCACUUUCAGCUGUCUUUAACCUGGACGUAACACCUCCUUGAAGUAGACAUUCAUGGGUGUAAUCUAUCAUCUCUCACAUAAAGGUCCUACUCUUCUACUGACAAGUGGUAUUAUCAAACAGCGUCUUGGAGCUGCUGCACUUGACAGUGUUCAUGAGUACCGUCUGUCCAGCUGGCUGGGCCAACAAGAAGACAUCCAUUGCAUAGUUCUUUACCAGACUGACUACUCACUGACCCCGUGGACACAGAGGUGCAUCCGUCAGGCUGACUGCAUCAUUAUUGUGGGAUUAGGCGAGCAGGACCCUACUGUAGGGGAGCCACAGUACCCUGAGCACCCUACAGUCCAUGGAUUGGUCAAACCCGUACUGAGGCCCCUUAUGUGACAGCUAACACUUGCCUGAAACUGGGUCAUGCAACAUGGAUUUCACCUUCGUCUGUGUCACCCAAAAGAUGGACACCUGCUGAUGGAUGGAGGCUAUAUCAACAACCUGCCUGGUUUGUUACAUUCAGUUUGUACCUUCCCUUAUUAAGUAUUAAAAGUAGCCGUACUUUGAUGUAGUUGCUCAGCUGUUUGCUUAUAGCAAUAUAUUUUUAAUUUUACCAGUACUGUAUGCUGUUUGUCUUGAUGUCUUCUUCCCCUGAUUCUCCCAGCUGAUGUUGCACGCUCCAUGGGGGCCAAAGUGGCAAUAGCUAUUGAUGUGGGCAGCCGGGAUGAAACCAAUCUCACUAAUUACGGCGACUCACUCUCGGGCUGGUGGCUGCUAUGGAAACGCCUUAACCCCCUUGCUGAGAAGGUUAAGGUGAUGGAUUGAUUAGGAGUAAAGACACACCAUGCUGUGCAGCAAUGUUUUUAAUUCUAUCAAUAUAAAUCAGGAUAUUUUUGGAAAUCAUUUCAGUGAUUUAUAAGUUAAUUUCCACAGGUGGCAGUAGCUAAAACAUUAUUAAAAAGCGAUCUCUAGGUGUAUUAGCUAAUUGUAGGCCAAUCUCCAACCUUCCUUUUUAUCCCAAAAAUUCUUAAAAGAGUAAUUGUAAAACAGCUAAUGGAUCACCUGCAGAGGAGUGGUUUAUUUCAAGAGUUUCAGUCAGGUUUCAGAGCUCAUCGGAGUACAGAAAC